GAUUAUAUCAUGACAUUAAUUCUAGAUUUUCCUGCGCAAAUAUUGAACAUCAAUAAGAAUUGUACCAAAAUUAAUAAAUACAUGGUAAUGCUACCCAUCAUCUAAAAAAAAUAUUACGAUAAAAUAAAACUAAAUAUAUCUAUAUUUACUUCAAAAUCAAAUGAUUGGUCACUCACCGCAGUGAAAAACGUAGCAUUCACAGUAAGGCCUUUUGCGGAAAAUAUAUUUCUAUAAUGCAUUAAUUGUAGGGAAAAUAACUGCAACUGUAACGUUACAAAUCAAAAAGUUUUUUAAUACAUCAGAAUUAAAAGAUUCAAUUAUGAAUUAGAUAAAUUAACACAUUAAAAAUUGCAUUAAUAUACGUGUACAUUGAACAUAAUUAGAAAAAUAUGUAAAAUACGCAAACUAAAUUAUAAUUUUUAAAAUCUACCUCGUAUUUUAUUUGCUUAUCGCUGGCACUAUUAAGCACUUCAUGAACGGUAGUAAUGAUCUCUGCGGCUUGAUUCUUGCCAGUUUCACAACUCCAUACCAUCAACAAUACUUUUGUAAAGUAAUAUAUUAUAACUGCGAUAAGAUACCCGUAAUAAAAUUCUAUUUUUUGAACAUUUAUACCCACUUGUAUCUGCAUUAAGUAAUAGUAAAGGUUAAAAAUAAUUUGAGUGAAGGUGAUAAUCAUGGUAGAAAAAAGUUGCAAAUUGAAAACUAUUUUCAGCAUUUGCACUGUGUCACUAAUUAUCAUAUGUUGCUUUUUCACAGCAUUGAGCUUUAUCAAUAGAAGUAGGUUUCUCUGAUGAGUUUCUUUCAGAACAUAUGGCUCACGUUUUGCCAUGAUUUUUUGCAGAUUCGCUAGAUUGUCGUUAAUUUGCUUAAAACAAGCUUUUAAUACGCAAACACAAUUCAUGUAUAGCAUAUCCACUUCAAACACUAACAGAGAUAUGUAUAUUGCAAAAAUCUGGCGCAAGAUGCCAAAUUGCACCUUAGGAAAAUACAUCCAUCCUUGCAUGAUUAGAAAGAAGAAUCCAAAAAUAUCUUUUGCAUGGAUUAGUCUAGAUAGAUUUUGAUAUGAUUUCGGUGGCAGUAUCAAAGAGAGCUGCAGUAUAGUUUGAAGUAAACGCAUUCGUGGUCCACUCUGUAUGAAUGUGACAAUUGUUAUGAAACCGCCGAAAAUGUAGAAGCAGUUACGUUCGAGUUUCCUGGGUAUGUUUUUAAAUAAAAUGUUAUCAGUAACAUUAAUAUCAUAGAGAAUUAGUACUUCGAAAACGCAAAAGGCACAAAUAAUAAUGGUCGAAAGGAUAUAACAGAAUUUGCAUGUCUUGAUAAUUGAAGCGUUGAUUUUGUACGGAUGUAUUCCCAAAAAGCGAGAAAAAGUGAAGCAAGGAUACAUCAGUGAUUCAAAAUCUGUGGCACGAAAAAGCUGCCAUAUUUUCUCUUUUCUUAUACCUUUGAUUUCUUUAAACGUCGAUGACGAAUUGAACAUAUUUGCCGAAGUGGUAUAAGAAACAAUAAUCAUAUAUAAUUGCAAAUUAUUAUUAAAGGAAUUUUAAUAUUAUUAAUGUGAUUAAUAUCAAUACUAAUAUUUUCCAGUGUUUAUAACAAUUUUUUUCAGUUAUAAUUCUUUUGAUUUCUACAGCGAAUAAAUUGAUAAACUUCUCGCAAUCUAUCAAUAUUCGACAAGUUUACUUUGAAAACUAGUACAACUGACUCGUAAAACUAAUAUUUAAAAACUAUUAAACAGUUACAUCUCUUACAGCAUAACAAGAGUCAGGAAUAUGUAAAUUAUUUAAAAUAACUAUAGGUUUUUAUUAUCAUCUUCGGAACACGCAAAAAAUUAUCAUGAAAUUACUUAAAAUAGUAGUUUCAUGUCCAUAAUUUUACUAUCUAAAAUCUAGAUUAUACAUACGAAACAAAUUACCAUUAUCAAGAUUUCACAACUUUAAUUAGAAUAAAAAGUUACAAGUUUAGAUUAUAACAAAGAUUAUAAGCACAAUGCGCUGUUGUAAUGUUAGAAACGUAAAGACAAACUUUUAAUUUAAAUAAAAUGAAUAAUUUCUUUAUCACUAUAAUGUAUUUAAUAAAUUUAUUUAUAUUAUGAUUUGAGCAUUUAAGUAAUUAUAUUUUGUGUAUUUAAUAUUGCUGUUAGAUUUAUUAAAAGAUCUCCUUUUCUGCUAUAUGCUCACUGACAAUUUUUAUCGACAGUUGCUGCCUCAUGAUAUUUUUUGAACAUAUGUGAUAGUUAUGUUUUUAGCAGUAUUAAUAUUGUAAUCCUUAAUUUCUGAAAAAUAAAGGUGCUUCUUUUAAGUUUACUUCAAUAUUAGCAAUUUCUUUAUUCGAUAUCAGAUAUCUGUUCAUUAACUAUUCUAUCAUGACGUUAGUUCUAAAUUUUCCUUCACAAGAAUUGAACAUAAAUAGGAAUUGUACCAAAAGUAAUAAGUACGUAGUAAUACCACCCACCUAAAAACUUAAUACGACAAAGUAAAACUAAAUAUAUCUACUUACAAAAACAAAUAAUUAGUUACUUACCGCAGUAAGAAAGGUAGCAGCCAAUAAGUCCUUUUGCGGAAAACAUAUCUUUACCAUGCAUUAAUUACAGGGAAAAUAGCUGCAAACCCAUACUAUCAACAAUAUUUUUACAAUGUAAUAUAUUACAAAUGCAAUAUGAAAUUCAUAAUAAGCUUCCAUUUUUUGUCACCCACUUGUAUGUGCAUUAAGAAAUAAUGUUAAAAGUAAUUUAAGUGAAGGUAAAAGUUAUUGUAGAAAGAAGUUGCAAAGUGAAGAUUAUUUUCAGCAUCUGUACUGCGUCACUGAUUAUCAUAUGUUGCUUUUUUAGAGCUUUGAGCUUUAUUAAUAUAAUAAUGAUGAGUUCUCUUCAAAUGAUAUGGUUCACGGUCCGCUACGAAUUUUCGCAGAUUCACCAGAUUAUCGUUGAUUUGCUUGAAACAGGCUUUUAAUACACAAACACAAUUCACGUAUAAAGACGCCAAAUAGGUUAGAGACAAAAUACAUCGACCCUUGCACGAUCAGAAAGAAAAAUCCAAAAAUAUAGAUAGAUUCUGAUAAAUAUAGUUAAAAGAAAAAUAUAGAUAAAGAGAUCUUUCAAGUUUCCUGGGUAUGUUUUUAAAUGUUUUCAGUUACAUUAAUGUUAUAGAGAAAUGGUAGUUCGAAAACGCAAGAAAUACAAAUAAUAAUGGUUAAUACGAUAUAACAUGUUUGCAUGUCAUGAUAGUUGUAGCGUUGAUUUUGUAUGGAUGUAUUCCCAAAAACCGAAAAAAAAGUAAAGCAAGAAUAUAUAGGCGAUUCAAAAUCCAUGGCACAGAAGAUGCCAUAUAUUCUCUUUUCUUUUAUCUUUGAUUCUUUGAAAUUUUGAUAACGAUUCGAAUAUGUUCGUCAAAAUAUUAUGAGAACAAUAAUCUGAAUUUUAAAAUUAUAUAAUCAGGUAGACGUGAAUUAAAAAUGUUAUUAAUAUACUUUAGCAAUGUAUUGACAAAAAUUUGUCUUCUUAAGUGCAAUUUUUUAUGUUUUCACGGUGAAUGCAAGUUAACGUUAAUUUCUCGCAAUCUGUCUAUAGUUGAUAAAUUUAAUUUUUAAAAUAUUAACAUUUAUUGCGUUGUGAAAUAAGACUUACAACUUUGUUAGGUGUAAAGUAACUAACUACGACUUUUCUCUUAUUACCUCUAGAAUAUCCAAGAAGUAAAGCAAGAAGAUAUAUAAUUUUCAUAUCUAUAGUUUUACUUCGAUCAUCUACGAAACAAAUAAAUAUUAUCAAGAUCUUUGCACUAUUUAAAUUCGUAUGUACAUAUAGGUAAAUAAAAAAUUAUAAUAGAUAUUGCGCUAUUGUUAUAAAGUUAAAGACAAAAAAGAAAUUUUUCUUUAAAUAAAAUAAACAAGCUUUUAAUUAAUUUUGUAAAAAUCUUUCAUAACGUAACUGAUAAAAAACGACUUGAUAGUAAUUAAGUAAUUGCAUUUUUGCUAUUUAGUGUUGCUAUUGACUUUACUUGUUAAAGUAACAUUUACUUCCAAACUGCUGUAAUUAAGUAAUUAAUUUAAGAAUUUUUAUAAUAAAAAUUACGACAGAGUGGUAAUAAAGAUAAGAGAUAUAUUUAAAAUAAAAAGAUAAGAGAUAGAUUUUCCAAACAUAUAAUUGAAGGAAAAAGGAAACAUUAAUAUUACUUGGGGAAUUACUCGUCCACAUGAAUGUUGUCGAUAUUAUCUCUUUCAUGUUUGCGUACAUAAUUUGAUGGGUUGUCAGAACAAUUACACAUCAUUAUUUUACACAUUACGUUAUUGUAUCCCAGAGGUAUAGUUGUCGAUCGAAGAGCGCCAUGGUUACUUGACUCCUAACAAAGUGUCUUUUAAGACUUAUUUCUUUCAAGACGGCACUUGUCUCCAGUUUGAAAAUUAAAUUUGCUGGGUAAGAAUAACACUAGUCAUCCAAUUUACGUCUGCAACUGACAAGAGAUUGUGAGGUGUUUAUAUUUUCAAAACAUUUUGAUCAUGUUCGAUUUCUCAAAAUACCAAGAAGUCGAAUUGAAAAGAUGGAGGCCUUUUAAAGCCACGGACUUUCAAUCCUUGAUGUAUCCCUGCUUCAUCUGUUCUCACAUUCUUGGAAUAUUCCCAUACAAGAUCAAUGCUUCAACCUUCGAAAUGUCCAAAUUGCGCUAUAUUCUGUCAACCGUUGUUAUUUGUGUUGUCUGCGCUUGUGGUCUUAUGGUGUUCAGUGAUAUAAAUAUUUCUGGAGAGACCGAUUUUAAUCAUAUGUCCAUGACUUUUGAGAAUACUUGUUUCUAUAUACUCCACAGUUUUAUAAUAAUUAUCACAUGCAUCUUAAGCGGUCCACGAAUGCGUUUACUCCAGACUAUAAUGGAUGUCUCUUCAAAACUGCCUUUGGAUACAUAUAAGAAACUGUCAAAACUAAUUCACGCGAAAGACAUCUUCGGUUUUUUCUUUCAUCUCGUAAUAUUGAUGUUAUUUUACAACAAGUUUAUAUUUAAUCUUGUCGAGGAGUUAUACACAAUAUACGUUAGCUUAGUGGUAUUUCAAAUGGAUAUGCUAUACUUGAAUUGUGUUUGUAUAUUAACAGCUUGUUUCAAAAAUAUCAACAACAAUCUAGUGAAUCUUCAGGAGGCCGUGGUGAAGGAUGUGCCGCAUCUAUUCAGUCAGACAUAUCAAAGAAAUCUGUUUUUAUUAAUGGAAAUCAAAAUUCUGAAAAAACAACACCUAAUAAUUAGUGACACAGUGCAGAUGUUGAAUUUGGCAUUCAGUAUGCAGCUCUUCGCUACUAUGGUCAUAACUUUUUUCGAAAUAACUUUCACUUUGUAUUUUUACAUAUCGGAGUGGCCAGACUUCAUAAAAGGCCUGAAAGAUUUUCAGAAUUGGUCUUUCUUGUUGUAUGUAAUAAUAUAUCAAAUUCUAAAAAUAUUUCUAAUAGUGUGGGCCUGCGAGAUCGGCAAAAAUCGAGCUCUUGAAAUUGGUACUAAUAUUCACGUUGUGUCUAAUAGUAUUAAUGAUGAAAAAGUGAAAAACGAGCUGCAGCUAUUUUCUUUGCAAAUAUUGCAUUGCAAAAAUAUAUUUUCAACAAAAGGUUUUAAUAUAAAUGCGACCCUUGUCACUACGAUCAUAGGUAACAUUACUACGUAUGUCUUGAUUUUAAUACAGUUUCUGUUGAUGUUCAAUGACUGCAAUGGAAAGUCUACAAACUAUACAUAAAUAAAUUAAUUAAAGAAAGGGACGAUGCAAUAUUUUUGACCGGUACGACGUGAUUUGCAUGACGUAGCAAGCGUCACAAGCGUAUUAAGAAGUUGCAACUCGAGAUAUUGGCGUGUUAUUGGGGGCGACAACACGGAGGAGCCGUUUAUUCUGCAUUUAGAAAUAAAAGAGGGAAAAAGAAAGAGAGAACCGGGCGCUCGCGUAACGCGAAAGUAACGUUGAAUAUAAAAGCGGCAGUGAUCUUGCCAGAAGAUAUAUACACGAAUGGAGGACGAAGAUUUCGCGUGACUGGCAGCCGAGAGAAAAGCAGGUAGGAGGGAAGUUCUGGGCGGAACGCGCGGCAUCCCUUCGUGUCUUCUCAGUCGAAACGUCCUACGUGACGUCCUCGUUAAAAUAUAAUCGCCAGCGCCGUCGUGUCUAUAGAACUACAGGUCGCACCGAUUUCGCGCGACAGGUCGAUUCGGAACGGAAUGAAACCUGCUCCUCGAGUUACACAGCUGAACGGAUGGGCGCCAUUCGGAUUUAGCAUUGUAACGCGAGACGGAGAAUACGCUCGAGUUUUAGUAUUGUAAUAGUCGAGGCCAUUAGAUUCGGGACUUAAGAAUGGGCGUCCUGUCAGUUUAUUUCCGUCAUAAACCGAAGUAUCGGUAUUUUUACAACAAAGUAUUUAUUAGUAGAAUAAACCGCGCUAUAAACUUGAUAUCCGGUUCUCAGUAAACCCAACUCAUUUUCAAUAAAUGUAACAACGUGAUAUUGAAAAGUGGAGGAAAAAGGAAGAAAAGGGUGAACGGGAUAGUAGAGGAUAAAAUCUUUUUUGUAUAAUUAACUCCGAUUAGACCUUAACAAAAAAUUUUAUUAAAGCCUUACAAAAAGUUAAAGGUUAAUUUAAUUUUUGCCAAUAUAAAACCGUCUUCGUAUUUGUAGAAGAGUCUACAAUUGAAGUGCAAGUGACUUCUGAUGCAAUGUUUGUUAAACAGUAGAAGAUUAUAUGCUGGAAUAUAUACCACUUUGAUUUUGGAUAGUAUUUCUUAAAUAAAAGCUAAGACACAAAACUUCAGAAAUAUAAAUGUAAACGAAAAAGUGUAUUUCAUCAGAUAAUACAGCCGUUUUUAUAAUACUGUUUUAUGUCUUUUCAUAGUUUUACUGUUUUUGCGAUAUUUUUCCCUAACAAUAUUAAUUAUAGCAAUAAUGAAAUCAAGCGCUUCAAGAAUUUCAGGCGAAUUCGAUGUAAGAAAAAAUGUCUGUACAAUAUUGCGACGAAGAAAUAAGGUAAAAACAGAAGCAGGAAAAAGAAGGCGAAGGAAAAGGGACACCCAUAAAUAUAGUUUAGACAGACGGACAGAUAGAGUUGAGUCUGCAGUAUUUCUAAAUGUAGAGAUAGGUAAAACAAAAAAA